UGGGGAAUGUGAUGCCAUCAAAGAUAUGACUUCUGUACAUGGAAUAGGUCUAUAGCAGACACAGAUUCAAUAAGAGCAUCAUGAUAUUUUUAGUGUUAUUUAGUGUGUUGCUUGGAGUAUGGAACUGUAGGUCACAAAUGAUCUUGAAUGACAUGUCCUGGAUCAAUACCUGUCCAUCUGAAUGUGAAUGUCAAUACUCACAAUCAUCACAAAUGUUUUUGUCCAAAUGGAAAACGGAAAACAAUGAUGAGCACCUAAUCAAGAGCGCAGUGUGUGUUUUUAAUAAUCACAACAUCAAAUUCACAUACAGACUUUCUGACGACAUUGAAUCAAUCACAUUUCUUCAAGAAAACGACACACAAACAAUCUUCACCAACGACAUACUGAAGCAUUUCCAGAAAGUUCAAAGCAUUGAUUUGCAAGGAUCGCUCAAUAGUGCAACAGUUCACAUCACGAAUAGUGCGUUUCACAACCUAGAACACCUGAAGUUUUUGGCACUCCAAAGAGUGGACAUGACAGGAGCACAAAAGGCUUUUGCAAAGCUGUCAGAGUUGGAAGUCCUAUACGUUAUCCAUUGCACAAUUGGAUAUCUGAAAUGGGAAAUGCUGGAUGGCCUACUGAAACUCAAAGAACUUUAUCUACUACAAAGCGGAAUCAAAGAGCUGUAUGGAUUUGCAUUCUAUGGAACACCGGAACUAAGGCGACUGUUUCUGUCACACAACGAUCUGCUGUCAGUUGAUGCUGACGCAUUUGUUGGUCUGCUGAAGUUAGAAUAUCUAGAUUUGAGCAAUAACCAAAUUGAUCAUUUAUCGGGUUUAACCUUCCCACCUCUGCCACAUCUACAAUGGUUAGAACUGAAGCACAAUCCGAUAAAAGUCAUAUUCCCCCACUGCUUCCAAUUCCUCAAUGGAACUCAACAUCUAACCUUAGGGCACAAACAGCAGCCAGUUCAUCUGAUGAAAUUCAGUUUCCGUGGUCUGUAUUCUCUUAAGUUUCUACACAUUCCCAACAUAGACAAUGACAUACUGAUAGAACACAUGUUUUAUGACUUGCGUGCACUGAUGCACUUAAACUUGCAAGGAAGAAUAAAAAUCAUAAAUAACAGAGCAUUCAACGGAGCGCACAAGUUGUUGAAGAAAUUAAUCUUGCACAACUGCCAACUGCAAAAAUUGUAUAAAGAUUCAUUUCAUGGCUUAGAAGUUUUGCAGGUUUUAGAUUUAUCUUUAAACCAUUUGCAGAGUUUGGAAGAGGAAACAUUUAGACACCUAAAAUCCAUCCGAUAUAUUCUGUUGCAUAAUAACAAAUUGAAGCAAAUGCCGAGUGAACUAUUCUUUGAAAACCAUCAACUGCAAGCUAUUUCUUUACAUGGAAACCCUUGGAAUUGUUCAUGCAACAUGAAAGAAUGGAAAGAAAACAUCGUUAUGUCGAAUUAUAUAGAGCCAAUUGCUGAAAACUGCACAAAUCAAUACAACUGCACUGAGGAAAUGGUACCCAUAACUGAUAUAAACACAUCACCUGUCUGUGAAAAUCCAGUUAUUUACAAAGGAGAAGAGUUAUUCACAGUUCUAAAAAGUUUAAACUGUCCAUGAAAAUGAAAAAUAAAUUUCAAACAGUUUUGAACAAUGUAAAGUGUUAGAUAAACAAAUGCUUUGGUAAUUGUAAUAGUACAUGGCAAUAUACUUGUUCUAUGUUUUUCAGUCUAAGUAAAACAAUAACCUUCAGGGAAGUGAAGACAACCUUAAUAAAGCUAAGGUCAAUGAAUCAAAAAAAGUACCUUUCCUUAUUUCAGUAACAAACAAAUCUAACAAUGUCUUACAUAACUAACAAGUAAUCCUCCCCAAAUGUCACUCACCGAUCGGAAUAAAAUAUUGCACUCACAUAAAAUACGUAAAAAUGUUA